AAUUUACACGCUCUGCCAAAGAAGUUGCAGGAAAAUUAUUUGAAAAUUUUGUUAAAAUGUUGAGAGAGUAGACGAUGGCAGAGGAAGUGGAAUAUUUUUCGUCGAACGAAGAAGAGGAACAGAAAUUGACUCCGCCAACGUUGGAGAAAGAAUAUGUGCCAUCUUGUAAAAAUAUUUCGUCUCUGGACAGGGUGCCCUUUGAUAUUAAAUUGAAAAUUGUCAUGACCGUAAACAAACAUCCUACAUGGAGUUUUUAUGGUCUACAAACACGAUUUAAACGUCAUUUACGCCACAAAACCGAUACCGCACGCUUUAGAAAAGACAUAAUAAAAGGUGGUACAUAUACGGAUAAAAUGGAAAUUAUAAAAAAAAAAUGUCUACGAUCAAUUCAUAGAAACACGUAGGCGGGAACAAUUAGUGACAAGACGACAAUUACAGCAGUGGGCUAUGGAUGCUGCGAUGCAAUUUCGGGAUGCAGUUAACGAAGAUGGAAGCAAUUUUCAAUUUACAACAUCGGCAUCGUGGAUAACAAACUUUCUUAAAGUUUACAGAAUUUCGAAUCGUCGUGUUGUACGUUAUGUAUCGAACAAAGAAAUUACAUCGCCGGAAGAAAUUAUGAAAUCUGCGAUACAAUUUCAAAAUUUAAUACAGUCAAUUUCUAAUGAUUAUGAUUCUGAUUAUAUUAUUAAUACAGAUCAAACUGGCUGCGAAUAUCGAAUAAAUGUUGCAAGAACAUACACACAUACGGGUCAAAAAACAGUCGAACUUUUCAUAGGUGAUUUAAAUAAAAUAACACAUUCAUACACUGCUCAAUAUUCAUUGACAAAAUCUGGAAAGUUAUUACCUAAAGUGUUUGUAUGUUUGCAAGAAUCGGGAGAUGCGUUUGGAGUCCGUGUCAAAGCAGAAGUUAACGAAAUCUUAAAAUUGUGUAAAAACGUUAUUGUCGUUUGUUCAAAGUCAGGUAAACUGAGUUCAGAUUUGUAUAAAAAAUAUUUAGAGAAAGUUAUAAAACCGUAUGUUGGAAACAAUCCUUUUUUAAUGAUUGUUGACUCUUGGGGGGGGGGGCAUAGAAAUGUUCAUAUGUAUAAUGAAAUUUUUGUAAAUAGUGAAAACCGACCAACGUGCAAUUUACAAAUAAUACCGCCAAAGUGUACUCCGAUCUGUCAACCUUGCGAUGUAUAUUUUUAUAGACAGGUCAAAAUUUUGAAUAAACGGAUUCAAAAUUAUUUACAACACAUUAUGGCUGACAGAGAAAAGAAGGAGUUGAACACACGAUAUGACGCCAUAAGCAUUCAAUCUUUAAUUCAUUAUUUAUUAUCUGCACCACUAUUUAAGAAAAUGAUCCAAUUCGCUUGGUACGCGUCAAAGUUAGAGAAUGAACGCGAUAUAUUUUAUAAUGUAAAUCAGUUAUGUUUUCCACCUGAUAUACAUAACAAAAAAAUGUAUAUGUAAUUUCCGCUUUUCAUUCAUAACUUAUUCAUGGUGUACAAAUUAUUUAUGUUUUAAUUGUUUUUAUGUAAAAUUUCAUCCGCAACAUUGC